CAGCUAAUGGUUACAGAUCUAUUGCUCUAUGUCACUCUGCUAAAUUUCUUUAAACAGUGAUUAUGAAAAUUCAUGGAUCUUACUUUCUUAUAAACCAAUUUAAGCAAAAGUUUCAGCUUUAGACAAUUAGUUUGUUAGGUAAGAAAACCCAAAACUGUGAUUAUAAAACAUCCUUGAAUCAAUAGUCUUUGUUUCCAACUUGCUAUAUAUCUGUAAUAACUCUCCAAAGUUUCCUCUUUUAUCCUUGAAGUAGUAAAGACUUUAUCUUUUUUUUCCUCUCAGUUGAAUCCUUCAGAUGGGUUAUACUACUUUGAAUCAGAUCUCUACUAUUUGGGACCGUUACUAAUAAUCAGACUAUGUUCUUGGGAGAAGCACAGAGACUGUUGUUGCUUUGUUCACUUUUGCUUUAUUACUUAUUCAGAAGAUUCUUUCAUUUUGAACGAGAACGUUUGAGAGAGAACACACCAAAACAAUGUCGUUCCGUAGCAUAGUACGCGAUGUGAGAGACAGUAUAGGCAACCUAUCUCGCCGUAGCUUCGACUUCAAGCUAAGCAGCCUUCACAAAGAAGGAGGUGGUAAGUCUCGCGGUUCGGUUCAAGACUGUCACGAGGAACAACAACAACAACAACAACAGCCUUUAGCACUGCUGGUUCAAGAAGCCCCUUGGGCGAAUCUGCCUCCCGAGCUGUUGAGGGAUGUGAUCAAAAGGCUGGAAGAGAGCGAGAGCGCGUGGCCUGCGAGGAAGCACGUGGUGGCUUGUGCUUCUGUUUGCAGGUCGUGGAGAGAUAUGUGCAAAGAGAUUGUUCAAAGGCCUGAGGUUUCUGGGAAGAUCACGUUUCCUGUUUCGCUUAAACAGCCUGGACCAAGAGAUGCAACAAUGCAAUGCUUUAUCAAGAGGGAUAAGUCUAACUUGACUUACCAUUUGUACCUUUGUCUCAGUCCUGCUUUGUUGGUCGAGAAUGGAAAGUUUCUUCUCUCGGCGAAACGCAUAAGAAGAACCACUUACACAGAGUACGUCAUCUCCAUGCACGCAGACACCAUUUCAAGAUCAAGCAACACCUACAUUGGCAAGAUCAGGUCUAACUUUCUAGGGACAAAGUUCAUUAUAUACGACACACAACCUCCAUACAACAACAACAACAAACCCUCUCAAGCGGUUCAACCUUUAGGACUUAGCCGCAGGUUUUACUCAAAGAGAGUCUCUCCCAAAGUCCCUACCGGUAGCUACAAGAUAGCUCAAGUGUCUUACGAGCUAAACGUUCUUGGCACUCGAGGUCCGAGGAGAAUGCACUGCGCUAUGGACUCUAUCCCCGCUUCUUCUCUUGCGGAAGGUGGAACCGUGCCUGGACAGCCUGAGAUCAUUGUCCCCCGGUCUAUCCUCGACGAGUCUUUCCGCACCAUCACAUCCUCCUCCUCCUCGAGGAAGUUUAUUAGCGAUUACUCGGCCGAGUUUAACAGCGCUAGGUUUUCAGACAUUCUUGGUCCGUUAGGAGAGGAGGAGGAGGAAGAAGGGAAAGAGCGUGUUUCCUCGCCGCCUCUUGUGCUGAAGAACAAGCCGCCGAGGUGGCACGAGCAGCUUCAGUGCUGGUGUUUGAACUUCAGGGGACGUGUGACGGUUGCGUCGGUUAAGAACUUUCAGCUUAUAGCAGCAAACCAGCCUCAGACUCAGAGUGAUGGUCCGGACAAGAUCUUGUUGCAGUUUGGGAAAGUAGGGAAAGACAUGUUCACGAUGGACUUCAGGUAUCCGCUGUCUGCGUUUCAGGCAUUUGCUAUAUGUUUGAGCAGUUUCGAUACCAAACUCGCAUGCGAAUGAAUUAGAAAAGAGAGAGAGCUUUGUAUGUAAUAUAUAUAUCACAUGUGGUUUGUAUGAUUCAGGGAGAUUCUCAUCAUGUGGUGUUUUUAUUUUCACCUGAGAAUCUUUAGUGUUAGAUUUGUUUCAAAGAAUCUUUAUUUGAUUAUAUAUUAUGGUCUGCUUAUGUUGUUUA